AUGUCCAACUUCGACGAAUUCCAGGGGCAGCUCUACGAGAACAAGCAGGAAGGAGACAAGAACCGUCACCGUAAACGCAGCCAUAACCGGAGCCGGAGCCGGAGCCGGAGCCCGAGCCGCAGCCGAGACCGGAAGCAUCGGCGUCAUAGCGGAGAUAGCCUCAACCUUGACCAGCGAAGUGCUUCCCGCGACCGAAGGCGGCGCAGCAAACCUUUGACCAGAGCCGCUAAAGAGGAACGCGGCGGAGUAAUUCGUUCCCUUCGUCAUGAGAAGAAAAAGAAGAUCCGUAAAUACUGGGACGUUCCUCCGCCUGGCUUUGAGCACAUCACCCCCAUGCAAUACAAAGCAAUGCAAGCUGCCGGUCAGAUUCCAGCCACCGCCCUACUUCCAACCAUGACCCCCGAUGGCCUGGCAGUGACUCCCACACCUGUGCCCAAGGUGGGGAGCCAGAUGACCCGGCAGGCCCGUCGACUCUAUGUUGGCAACAUCCCCUUUGGCAUCACAGAGGAAGCCAUGAUGGAUUUCUUCAACGCCCAGAUGCGCCUCGGGGGGCUUACCCAGGCUCCUGGCAACCCGGUCUUGGCCGUGCAGAUUAACCAGGAUAAGAACUUUGCCUUCCUAGAGUUCCGAUCAGUGGAUGAGACGACUCAGGCCUUGGCCUUUGAUGGCAUCAUCUUCCAGGGCCAAUCCCUCAAGAUCCGAAGGCCCCACGACUACCAGCCACUGCCUGGCAUGUCCGAAAACCCCUCUGUCUAUGUUUCCGGUGUCGUGUCCACUGUGGUCCCAGAUUCUGCUCACAAGCUGUUCAUUGGGGGACUCCCCAGCUACCUAAAUGAUGAUCAGGUUAAGGAAUUGCUGACUUCAUUUGGGCCGCUCAAAGCCUUUAACCUGGUCAAAGACAGCGCCACGGGCCUCUCCAAGGGCUACGCCUUCUGUGAGUACGUGGACAUCAACGUCACUGACCAGGCCAUCGCGGGGCUGAACGGGAUGCAAGUGGGGGAUAAGAAGCUACUGGUACAGAGGGCUAGUGUGGGAGCCAAGAACGCAACGCUGAGCACGAUAAACCAGACGCCGGUGACGAUGCAGGUCCCAGGCCUGAUGAGCUCGCUGGUGCAGAUAAGCGGCCACCCCACCGAGGUCCUGUGCCUCAUGAACAUGGUGCUCCCAGAGGAGCUGCUGGACGAUGAGGAGUAUGAGGAGAUUGUGGAGGACGUGCGGGAUGAGUGCAGCAAGUACGGGGUGGUCAAGUCCAUCGAGAUCCCCCGGCCCGUGGACGGUGUGGAGGUCCCUGGCUGUGGAAAGAUCUUCGUGGAAUUCACCUUCGUGUUGGACUGUCAGAAGGCGAUGCAGGGCCUGACCGGCCGCAAGUUCGCCAACAGAGUGGUUGUCACAAAGUACUGCGACCCCGACUCCUACCACCGUCGGGACUUCUAG